UCAGCGAUCCGACUCACUUGGCGAUGAAGCUGGUUUAUGACAGUUCAACUACCAUUCGAGAUGGUUACGCAUCUGACGAUUCGGUUGAAUUCGGAUUACAAAAGACGGAGGCGAGACUGAGAGGCUGUCGUCCGAUGGAAUCCGGCAGUCACCCUGAGUCUCCCCCAGCCUCUCUGACGGACUCGGAGGACUACGAGUGUUAUUCGGACAGCACCACCCCGCCCUCGCAGGACGAGGUCUUCUACUCCCCCGCUGAAGAGGCCGCCCACGCCAGCCUGUGGGAGGGAUACAGGUUGCAGCAAACUCUCCCCUCAGCCUCCACUGCCAGGAGCCGCCCUACCCGUCGCCGCCAUCGGUCUCCCUUGGACGGCAGUGACUUCAGCCCGCACAGCCGUAGCGGAGGGGUGCCGCCCCGCAAGUUGGUGCGCAGAAUGUUCACCAACAGCCGCGAACGAUGGAGGCAGCAGAACGUGAACGGUGCCUUCGCCGACUUGCGUCGCCUUGUUCCUACUCAUCCCCCUGACAAGAAGCUCUCCAAGAACGAAAUUCUACGCCUCGCCAUCCGGUACAUCAAGCUCCUCACUUCUAUUCUUGAGUACCAGAAGAAAAACGAACCGCAAGAAGAAGUCCAAGAAGAGACUACUGUCAGGCCUGGCUCCAUCAAGGCUGAACCCCAGGCCGUGGAUGAAAUGUCGGACGCCAGUUCACCGGCAUCCAGUCUCAGCAGUGUGUCCAGUCACACAGACGGACAAGAAGAGAGAGUGUUCUGAUGGGCAAAGAUAGAAGUAUUGGCCAUUGCCACGAUCUUUCAAUACGCAAUUCAGUUUUGUGUUUUGUAUCUGUCUGAUGGAAUGAAGGAUCUGAUGAACUGUUUGCGCAACGGUAGAUCAGUGAAUUAUCCAGAAACAGUGCUAUAUCUUUCUUACAAUGAGGUAAACAGCCAGCUGCAGACGAAAAGCACAAAACAAGGACAUUGCUGUCGAAUACUUUUAUAAAUACCAAGGAAAAUCCUGUAAUGAACAACCAAGGUCUAGCUUAUCACUUACGAAUUCUAGAACAGAAUUCGGUUUUUAAAUCUUCAAUGAUAUAUGAAUUAUCAGAGGGAUUUCGAGAUUUUCGGAAUUCUUUUUGCUGGUGUCUAGUUUCGACAUUUUUCAAGGCAACAUUGUGGCGAAAUCUAAUAUGUUGCAAAUAAUUGAUUUUCAUCAUAUCUGAAUUUUUGUAAUUAUUCUUCUUAAAAAACAUUAUCCAAUUAUUAACAAAUGAAACAUCACUCAUUACAAUUCAAAAGCUGGGAGAAGAUCAUGUGUACAAAUUCAUAUAUUCCUUUUUCAGCUUGUAAAUAUCUUCUCUACCCUGUGGACUUUCUAUUUCGUGAAGAAUUUUUCUCUAAUCGGGUUUCUAAUCGUUCUAAUAAUUCAGUUAAAUGGUAACUUUAACAAAAGGCUAGUAUAACUCACUCGUGAUUCCUUUAUGAAAUUUUUGAAACUUUUUAAAUUGAAAUAUUUUGAGCAUUUUAUGAUGUUGGAUACUAGAAGGCUUGCAAGUGCUGCUCAAAGCCUUUUGAGAAAGAAUAUUUUAAAAGUAGGUCAUACAUUUAAGUUAUAGCAAACUGGAUUUCAAUCUCUAAUUUCUUUGAGUGUUUCCUUUUCAAUGUGUUUGCUUGUUUUCAUCACGUGGUUGAAUAAAUGCGAUCUUCAUAAAAUAGAAAAUAAAAACAAAUAAAUCGUGAAAGAUAUUGCCAACGUUUGGCUUUACACAGUAUUAAAAAUGUUUUUUGGAUAUUACAAAAAUGACUAUCAUAAUUUGGCUGUUAUGAAUAUUUUUGGUAAGUGAAUAACAAUCGAAGAUGUUUUGUCAAAGGAUGAGACAAUUUGUUUUAUUGUAGAGAUUAUUAAUUCAGAAUAUGCUCUGUCGAUACUGUACUACGAAAUAAAAUGUACCUUUAUCUGUGUUAUGUAUAUUUAGAUCUGUGCAAAUAUAAUGUUUUUUUUUU